AUGGGCUUACUUGAGCUGCCACGGGAGCUCCUACGCCUCAUUGGAGACCACCUAGGCCAAGCUCACCUCAAUUAUCUCUGUCGUGUCAACAACUUUCUCUACAGUGCCCUCAACGGGUACCUUUACCGAUACAACUCGUGGUAUGGCAACAGCAGCGCCAUCAGCGCUAUCGAAGGAAACCAUGUCGAUGUAGCCAGAAUGCUGCUAGAUUGGGGUGCAGAUAUCUACUUCAAGGAUGCCGGCGGAAUGACGCCGUAUAUGUAUGCGAAGCAAACCUUGAACAUCGCCUUGAUCGAGCUAUUAUUGGAGCCCAGAGACACUGGCCUGGAUGGGGCGGAUAUUGAAUAUUGA